AUGGUAGACGUCGCGGGUAUAUUUAGAUAGUUGUUCGAACUGCUGCGCUCAGUCGUGUGUGCAUGUUAUUCCUCUGAAGCUUAAAAAAAAAAAUGUCGAUUCGGGUUAUUAAACACACCAGAGAUCCUAUUGAAACACUAGAAAAAAUGUUAAAUAAAACAACUUUGGUCACUCAAAGGAUUAAUCAUCAACAGAUAAUAGGUGAGUAACACUAAAAAGUGGUUAGACUUUUUUUAGACUUAGACGAGUUGACUUUAAAUUUAAAUACUAAAUAAAUUAAAUUAGUGUACACUAAAUGUAAUGAUGAUAAAAGAAGUGUUUGUAAUAAUAUCUUACUGAUUAUUAGUAUGUUGGUACUGAAAGGUGCUCAGUGCUAGUUUAAAUCGUUGAUUAUGCCGUUAUCUUUAUAGAUUUUUAUGUGCUCUAUUUUUUGUUUUUGUGAUAACACUGACGUUCAAAUUAUAUAUUUAAAAUUAUUUACUUUUCAUAUCAGUUUGAGUUUGUGAAAAGCAAAUAAAUAUAAUCUCGACCAUUUUUAUAUUGCAUUCCAUUCAUUCGUUAUCGUGAAUUUUUGCAUGGCAUAUAAUUUUACGAAGUGGCUAUUCGUACCAGGGUACCAGAUCCCAAUCUCGGUGGAUCCCGAUCCAAGUGGGCUACCGAUCCCGUUAGGAUACCAUCCUAUGUGGGAUCUCAUCCCACCUAGGCACCCCCUUUACGAUGUUAUCCUGUUUCCUGAUAGGAUCCCGAUCCCGGUUUGAUCCCGUCACCCAGUGGGAUCGCGUUACCGAUGAGUUCAAAUUUACUGUUUGAUCUCGUUCCCAGACAUGCAGCGCCGCCAUUCGCACCCGGGUAUCAUUAGACUCGAGCUAUUCGGAUGUCAUUUGUGGUAGUUUAUUUUAGUUAAACUGAAGAAUUAAGUUUACAAAUAUAUAGUCCAUUCAAGUAUCUUUCAUGUGAUACCUCAUAUUGUCUUACAAACCCAACAAUAAAAAUUUAAAUCGUUUUUUAAUCCCAACCUCUCCCUUCUGGUACCCGGGUACGAAUAGUCGCAGCCAAUGGAUAUUAUGAAUUCAGCACCAUGUGGUAUUUGAGCAUGGAUAAUCAAGUUUAUGUGAACUGAGUUUUGUCACUAUCCAUCUUUUUGUGUAGGAGAACUUGUUGGUCAUUUUAUUUAUAUAGCUCAUAGAAGAGAAAAAAACGAAUUUGGGGUCCCCGGCCCCAAAUGGAAUGUUAUAAAAAAUGAUAAUAAUAGUCCCUAAGUAUUUUAUUCUGGAUUCUGGAUAAUGAUGGAUAUAUGUGCCAAAUUUGGUCAAGAUCCAUCUAUCCAUGUAAAAGCCUUUGUGGAACAAACAAACCCACAAACAAACAAAUUUUCACUUUUAUUUAUAUAUUUGAUUUUUUAUGUGUGUGUGUGUCUUACUGCAUCAAUGAUUCAAUCAUAUAUGAAGCUAAAAUACUAUGAAGAGGGCAGGAAAUUAUUAUAUCAUGAUCCAACUACAGUCCACAGGUCACCUUAUCUUCAAAAAUCGUACUUAUGGUUACCUCACUGUUCACAAAAUCUUUACAUAUAAUAUAAACUGCCAAUUCUGCAAUAUUUUGAGUUUACCUUUUCUAUUUUGUCUGUGUGUGCCUACACUAACUACAGCCACUACAGGCUAUGAACACUUUGCAAACUUGCCAAAAAUUACAGGAGCUUAUUCAGUGGCGUGCCUUUGAGCCAUACACACAAUUACAGUAAUAAGGGUCAUCCAUAAAUGACACCACACAGCUAAAAAAAUAGUGUGGGGGGGGGGGGACAUGCAUUUGGGACGAUGAAUUGUUAGGGUGUCUAAAUUUUGUGACAAAUGUGACGAUGGGGGUUGGGGGUCCAAAAUAGCUUGACGUCACAGAUGGGUGGCCCCUUACAAGAACUGGUAGCAUCCCAGACUUGUUUACCUUCAAACUCUUAAAAUCGUACAACAUCAUCACAAAAUCGUUCACUACAUUAUAUUUAUAGUAAAAUAAAAUUAAAAUACAGAAUAUAUAAUGUGCACAUCUCAAAAUUGUACAUUGUACGCCGAAAUCGUAAGAGUUAAUUGGUCUGGCAUCCUGAUACAGAUUGUAAUGUCACAUUAAUAGAAUACACUUAAAUAUUUUUUUUUUAAAACACAAAAUAAAAAUACAUCUAUUUCGAUAUAAGUUCUGAAGUUCUCAGAAAAUGGACUGGUGGUCACAUACCACAACAUUGGAUAAGAAUCCGCCGCCGAGCUUAUUACAUGAACUUGUUAGUACUCGUUCAUUCGGGUCAAUUAUUAAUUUUGGCUUCUUACCAGUACUUGUACCGUAAUAAGAACAAUAUCACGUAGCAGUCAUUAUCUUUGCUUAGCGCCACAAAGGCCGUUAACCCAAACAUGUUCAGUACACAAUGGAACAAAAGCAGACCAGUCUUGCACGAAGCUUAAUAAUUCACCACUGUGUCUGGUCGAAUUCAAUGGGCGUUCUGUGUGUGUUGAGUUUUUUGUUGUUUUUUUUACAUUUAACAUAUGGUGUAAUACAGGGGCGUCAUUUCAGUUUUUUCAGGUGUGUGUGUGGGGGGGGGGGUAAAAAACUUGGUCGGCUUGUUAAGUUGUUAAUUACUGGAGGCGCCACAUUACAUAGCAAUUUAGAUAGAAACCGCUAAUUCAGGGGGGAAGGGGAGAGGCAAAUUCCCCACCCUACCCUACCCAAAUGAUGUCCCUGGUGUCAUACCAGUAUGAAAUUUUAGGAAGAUUUUUAGUUUGUCCACACCAGCAAAAAAAAAAAAAAACAGGAACUGAUAUAAAACAAAAAAUAGUUGAAAAACGAAAUAACCCAAUAUUCCACUGUUGGAUUGUACCCUGGUGUCAUACCAGUAUGAAAUUUUAGGAAGAUUUUUAGUUUGUCCACACCAGCAAAAAAAAAAAAAAAACAGGAUCUGAUAUAACACAAAUGAUAGUUGAAAAUCGAAAUAACCCAAUAUUCCACUGUUGGAUUGUCCGUGCAUAUGUAUAUGUCAAUGUAGCCGACAUGGCAGGUAAUAUAAGAGUACUCAAGGAAGCAUACUUGAGCACUGUGAAAAAUCUUUAUUUUCACCAUGUGGAUGCCAGUAAUUUAAAACACACUUAUGUGGAAAUGAGGCCACGUGAUGCAUUCCUGUACGUUGGAACUGUACAAACUAUUUACAACUUGUUUAGUUCUAGUCCACAUCGCUGAGAAAUCUUGCAGAAGUGUAUUGGUUGUCUUUUCAUAAAGAAUUGAAGCUCUCUGAAACUCGGGUGAAGCGAAACUCAUAAGAAAGAGGUUCCAUGUUAAAAGUGCUACAGAAGACGCAGAUUUGUCUAAACAAGAUGAAAUGGAGGAGUCCCCAGAGAAAGCAUAUUUCAAGAAGUAUGUCUUCUGUGUAACGUUGGAUAAUGUUAUUGGUCGACUCAUUGUUCGUUUCAGUGAUGCAGUGCCCUAGAAGUUCAGCUUCCUCUGGAAGUAUUUAUCAAUUCCUCAAGAUGAGCUGAAAGAAAAAUCAAAAUUACUGCCAUAUCAAUAUCCCGCUGAUCUGUUCACCAAGCAAAUUUUGGAGAGGACCAACUGAGUCCGCACUGGAACUUCUGAAUUGCUUGAAAAGAUACAAGCUGGAAGGUUUCUUUCCAAAUAUUUGUGUUCUGUCUCUGUAUACUUUAGACAAUUUGUUCCUGUCGCCUAUGCAGAGCGCCCAUUCAACAAAUUAAAACUGAUAAAAUAUUAUCGGAGAUCGACUAUGUUACGGGGGUGAUUGCUAGAUUUGGCAAGACUCGGUAUUGAGUCUGAUCAGGAAAUAUGCCUAAAGCACCUUUGUUUAGGAGAAUAUAAAUGACAUUUCAAUGUAAUUAAUCUAAUAUUUAAUUCGUGCUUGUGUGUAUUGUUUCAUUAUUGUUUAUAUCAUACUAAUGUGUAUUAUUGUUUUUGAUAUCUUUUACAAAAGUACAUGUCCCCUUUUUAAUAUCUUAGCAAGUAUGUUUGAAUAUAAUUAAUAAACCAUAGCUUUAUUGGUUUAUGUUCCACGUUUAGGUUUGGGGGGGGGGGGCAUUUUUAGUCUAGUUCCAGCACUUAGUAAUCCUUGCGGCGGUCCUGAAAUUUUACAAGGCUGACUAUAGAAAUCGGACUCAUAAAAAUUGUGCCCUGGUCUGGAGCCCUGUACCUAGAUUCGCGUAGUCUAUGCCAUUAUCGCCCAUUGCAGAGUGUUAGAUAACGCUGUAUUUACUAGUUCUUUCUUCAAAGUACUACAUCAAGUAUUUGUCUGAGAGCUUUAGCGGGAAUUAAAUCAAUAAACUGGAAAAGAACUAGACAUAGCUUUGCGCGGCUAACUUUUUUUUCAAAACCGUGUGUGGCUGACGUAAAACAUUUUUUUUUAAAUAGGUAAGAUCAUAUAGAAAUCUGGAUAUUAAAUUUGUAAUAAAUGAUGAGACUAAUACUUUUUAGCCACCCUUAGAUAAGUCUUAUGAAUAGGGUCGUGUGAAGGGGGCGGCAUCGUCCAAAUACACCAAAGUCUUUUGGGAAGAGGGUUUUUGAAUUCAUGCUUCGCCCCGGGUACAGCUCCUGCUCGGCCCAUGAAACAUUGACUCACUUUCUAAACCAAAAUUUACAACAACAAAAAAGUGCAUGUUAAUUACAAUUAUAUUCCCUCAAAUUUCAGUCACCAAUGGCCAAGCCUUCCAUUAUUAUUUUGUGUGAGUAUCCCCAAACGGAUUAUUGACCAAUGCCUGCUAAAAUCCCAGCUUUAGACUAGUGAUGAAUUGUUAUUGUAGAAUAGUUCAAUCUUUUAUCUCUGGCCUGGAGCCCAUUCAAGCGCCUUAAAGGGGUUUCUUGUCACAUUCUUUUAGCUCAUUUUAAUGGUUUUUAAUAAAGAAUUAAGGUGGGAAUUGAUGAAAAAUCGCGUGACACUGUCAUUGACGAUAGUGACACCGAAAAUAUUUUACAAUUAUAUUUUAUUGAUGGUAAGAUAUGUGUUAUUUAUCACAGUACAUACAUUUCAAUUACGCAAAUACAAUGGAUAUACCCUGCUCUCUAAGCCUCUACAGUCCCGAUACUGCAUAUUUUUUAUUGUUCCGUCACCGCCCACACCAACUUAACGACCUUGCAACUUACAAAACAAUUAGUGCUCUUGUAUUUCAUGAAAAUUUGCUUAUAUACUUUUUGUUACAUCCUUUCGCAAUAUUGCCAUUAAAAAAAUAAUAAAAGUAAUUUAAUGAGACAGCACGUUCAAGGCUUUACAAAUGCUUCACCAUUCAUCAGCAAUAGUUUCUUGCACUUCAAUGACGAAAACGGAUACAUCAUGAUAAAUACAUGGAUAGACUUAAUGGUUAUAAAAAAAAACCCGGUCAUUAUCUAUGUUAACAAGUUACAAGUAAAAGUUUGGAGAAGACAAAUAUGCGUGUAGUCUCUGGCGUGACUCGAUAUAUUAAUAAACUGAAACUGAAAGGAAAGCACAAAGUCGCUGCGGUACAUAGCACGGACAUCUAUCGAAUAGGAAUGGAGCGACGAUACCAAUCACGACCUGUGCCCUCGUUGAAAGUCAUACAACUGAAAUGUUUAAGAUUAUUUCUAUAAUAAUAUACAUAGCCUGCAACAGCAAUGCCAUUUUUUUUUAUAAGAGUGCAGUUUCAAUGAAUGUGCAUUGGUGUCUAUCAACAAGGCUAUGUGUGAAGAAUUUUCUUUUCAUUCAGUCUCAAUAUACUUAGCAAAAUACCAGGUACUCUUUAUUGAUGUGUCCAUGCAGAGGCGUAGCUAGACUGUUUGGCGCCCGGUGAGAAGAUUCACUUUAAAGUGCCCCCCUUUCUUUUUUUAACUCUCAAACCCACUAUUUUCAUCAGUAAAAUAAUGGCAAAGUACAUUUUGCGCCCCUAACUUGUCUGGCGCCAAGUGACAUCUGCCCCCCUCUGCCCCCCUUAGCUACGCCUCUGUAUCCAUGUGAGUGUGUGUGUUAUAUUACUGCAACACCGGUCACACGUACAACAAGGUAUAACAGCAGCGGUGGAUCACACCGAACCCCCUACCAAAAAUAUAAUAAAAAUAAUUACUCGUAUCCUUAGGGGGUUAUGAGUAAAAAAAAUUGUUAAAAAGUACCCGUCUUCUUCUAGACUCUAGACAAAAUUUGCUCUUUUUUUUUUUACGACGCACAACAGGUCUGUCUCAGUAGAGUGAUGUGUCUUUUUUUUUUCCAUAUCAAAAAGACAGAAAAGCGUGGUACCAUGACGCUCCUAUCUGGAAUCCGGCCCUUCCUUCACACGAGUCAUUCAAUGCCUUUCACUACCACAAUACCUUUCAUUGCAUGGCACUCCACCUAAACCUGUCGUCCGUACGGUAAGAAACUCGUGAUAAGGAGUCCCCCUCACGGAACAAGAUUAUACGAUUAUAUCUAGCUAUCGAUUUAUCGAUCGGUUGUAUUAUUUCCUGUGAAUGGCGCUGAUAUUUGGAAAGUGGUCGAUUUCUCAAUACGAAAACGUCUAGAGAAUAGCUUCUAAGUCUACUGGCAGUGGUCGCUUUUCAUAGCUGCACAAUUUUAUUACUUCCCUUGAGAGCUGUCCUGCACACAAAUUCCCUUUGGCUGAUUUUAGGUGACAAGCUAGGCAUGAUAAAGUGGAUGGCAGGCGCCCGAUGAAAUUUUCUUUUUAAAUGAUACCAUUUGAAUUAGAUUUGACAUGUUGGAAGAGUGGACUAUUUGUAUUAAUCAUUGAAAAACAUGUUUCCAAAUACCCCCACAGCUGCAGCAUCACUGUAAUUACACUACCCUGAGUUUUAUGAGAAGUAAAAACCAUUAUUUUGUCACAUAUGGCCAUAAGUAUUUGAUGAAUAUGAUAAUAUCUCAUUCAUAUUUGACCUUACUAUUUUAGAAACUGCCCCUCCCCUCCCCCCCCCCAAACAAAUUGUGUUAUUAAAGGGAACGUUUUAAAUUGUAUAUAAAAUAUAUUAUAAUCAACUAUCCCUCCCCCACACAUUUUUUUUAAAAAAUGUAAUAAAGUUGUUAAAGUAACUUAAACUUUAUCUUACUUUAACGACUUUUACUUUAUUAAAUUUUUUUUUAAAAGUCAUCUUUAAGUUAAAGAUGACUUUUUAAAAUGGAAUAGGCCCGACAAGAAAGCUAUUUAACAUGAUAACUCUAUUUAAAAUGAAAUAAAAUCCCUGCUUUGUUUUAAAUCCCCCUUUUGACUCUAUAGAUAUAAUAUGUGUGUGUCUAAGAAAAAAAUAGCUGGUUGGGGGGGAGGUGGGGGGGGGGGGGGGGGGGGAAGAACUAAACCGCUUCUUUUUUUUCCUCGUGUCCAGCAUUAAAAUAAUGACUGUUUCCAACAAACUAUCGUUUGGCAUUGUUCAAAAUCGAUGACAUCUUAAUCACGAAAAAAAAAAAAAAAAAAAUCACGUUGGUUUUGAAGAGAGAAAAAAAUCCCACUACAGCCCGGCUGUAAUUUAUCCUAAACAAACUUCAACAAGCUUGAAAAAAGAUUGAUUUGUUAAUUAAUUAAUGCGUGCCCAUGUUGGGUUCAUGCCAAAGGCCUUAUCAGAACUAUUCAAACACAACCCCGGUGAACAUGAUCACGUCACAGUAACGCGCAAGUUGUGUUUCUAAUUUGUUUCAUAAAAAAUAUAAUUUAUAAUGUGGCCUGUGGUCAUUUGAAAGAACCGUGAGAUGCUCCCAAGUUUCGAUCCAAAACCUCCUUGGAACAGGAGGGUUAAUGUCACGUUAAUGUCUCGUCAAAAUUUCACAUUCUGCAAGUGAAUGCUAUUAUAUCUUGACUUGUACUAUCUUAGUUUGAGGAAUCUAUAAAUAGCUAUUAAUAAAUCCAACACCCCGUUUCCCCAUAAGGUUUAACCCGGCUCUAAAGCUAAAAGGGGUCACCGAGUUUUGUUUGCAGAGUGACUUAGCUGUCAACAUUGUCGCGUUUAAGCAAAGAUGACCAAAAUCAAAAGUAUGUAAUGAUACUGGUCCUAAUUUAUACAAAGAGCUCUAUUCUAGAUUACAUGUGUGCAACCUUAUAAAUUAUAAAGGCUAUCUAUCGGGAUGCAUGCGCGAAUUUUUUGUUUUGUUUUAUAUCAAGACGUAGUAGCGCAGUUGGCGUUAGUGCAGCUUGGGACGGGCCAAAUGUGUACAACCCCUCCUCCUUGAAAAAAAAAAUCUGCAGUUGGCCGAAAAUGCCAACCGUUUAAUAUUUAGAUAAAAAGUUUUAACCGGGGCGGAGCCCUCCGCACCCCACUUCCUAAGCCAGUGGCAAGACCUAUCUGCUCUAUUCACUACAACGUCGCCAUCCACUUUUUCCAGAGCUUGGCGACAAGAUCCUAGCCCUUAGUAGCCAUGGCGACAACAAGGGCCGGGAGAACGCGAUACAAGAAGCUGUGGACGCGGCAGAGGCACGCGCAACACGCGAGCUGAGAGCCGCUCUGAGAAGGCUGAGACAGGAGAAGGACGAGGAGAGAGCGCGUGCUCUGGAGAAGCAGAAAUGGGUGAGUCUCAACAGUUAUUAAAAUUUUCUACCGUUUUUUGCGGUGUUUUGAGCAAGUAACGGGGUCAAUAAAGAGCUUCCCAAAAUGGACAGAAAAUAGUCAUUAAAAAAUCUGCCAUUUUUUUCAUUAACAAAACAAAGGAGAAACAAACAUAAGCGUAAAUAAAUUGCAAGUAAUAUAUCUUUUCUUCUGGCUCGGUCAGUCAAGCAUGUCAUUUCAACUGUGACGUGGACAAUGUUGGGUAAAAAAAGACAUUAAAACGUACGUGACAAAAGUGCAAUUGAUAGCACUAAUAAAACACACUGUAUUACUUUUUAUUUCGUAUAACCGCCACUAACGCAGAUGUUUUAGUAGCAAUUAUGAAUUCAUUUCGACACAUUAAAAAUUAUAACGCUUGAUGUUAUUUUAUAAGUGAUUAUAGCAAAUCGUUUAUAAACAUUUGGAUUUUUUUUAGAAUGAAAUAAUAUCAAGACUUGUGUUUUGUAACAGCCGGCGGGGAAAAAAUCUUUUUGACACAUCAUUUUUAGGGGUGGGGGUUAAAGAAUAAGCAUCGAGCAUCGUUUCUCAUGGUCACCUGGCAGCCUUUCCUCAUUAAAUGAUUUGUUUGUUUGAACUUUCUUCUUGAGUAUUGUGAACGCCUCGCUGCCAGAAUCAAGAACCAGCGCGACCAGGCAGAGGCCGAGAGGAUGAAAGAGUUGAGGAAACAGUUGGAGGCUGAGAAAGAGGAUGCACUCAAGCAACAAUGGGAGGAAUGCGAGCGCCUGAAGCAGAUCGCCGUUGAAGAGGCGUGCGCGGCGUUGCGUAAAAAGUUGAGGAGUGAGUUCGCCGUAGAGAAAGAUAAUGCAGUGGCGGAGGCUCUAAAGCAAGCCAAGGUGGGUGCGGUUUAGAAAUCCUUUGAUUGGUUUUUUUUUUCCAUGCUUGUUUAUUUCCUCGACACCUUCUCACAAAUCUAGUGCACUUGUUCUCAUGACACAACUCCGGGAUAAGCAUCGACCUGUUCACACCGGUAGCGUCACUAAUGGUGUGCGGGCGACACCCUCACAAAAGAGGGGGGGGGGUGAGUGACACCAAAUGGAAAAUUGAAAAUUUAUCAAAAAGUUAGCUCGUUCGGGUUUUCAUAAAAGAACUCAGUUAAAUAAGAGAGCAGUGUGGUACCAGAACAGGGUGUCCCCAGAGCAGGCAGAUACAGAGUAUUUCCAUGGGGGAAGUCAUGAGUGGUGGUGACAUCAUGAGUUCACAGCACUGGGUGACAUGAAACCCUUCAUCAAGUAAAGUCAUGCCAACAGUACACACCAUAACAAAUGCAAAUCUGCCAUCCCUUUCUUAUUGACUUUUUGUGAUUUUAACGGCCAGGUAAUUCGUAUCACAUUUUAUCAUUUUAAAUUGCUCACAAGACUAAGCAGAGUAAAAAAAUUAGCUUUCCAAGACAAUGGAAAGUAAGUUUUAAAAAAACAAAAAAACAACUGGGAAUGAGUUGAAAACAAACGAGGCAGAUAUUGUUCAAAAAGCUGGCAAUGUGGUGAUUUAUUUUUCAAAAUUGGAUCUUUAUAAUGUUAUCCUUAUACAGUCAGAUCAAUUCAUUAAUUAUGUGUAACUUUCAUUAGUUUCCCCUGAUGUAUGCUGUGGAUAUUUGUGAUAUUCCCCCACGUCUAUAUGUAAACACUUAAAAUACAGUUUGAUUUUGGGUAAAAUUAAUUUCUGCUCAUCCUCAGGAGGCAUUUAGAAGGCGUGAACUAGAGGUCAUAGAGAGGACCAGAAAAGAAUGUGAAGAAGCAGCCAGAAAGGAAGCUGAAAGAGUUUCAGCCCUUCACAAAGCUGACGUGGACCGACUCAAUUUCAAGUAAGUCUUGAGGAUAUGUUUGCACUCUUGUGUCAAUUUAGUCAUUUAUUACAAAAUAUCAUAUCAGCACAAGGCACCAAUCUAAUGCAUUUUUCCACUUGGCCUUUUUUUUAUAUUUGCAUCCCCGAAACUUGUUUCCUGUAUAUUUUGUUAUUUAGGUAUUUCUUUUGGUUUCAUUUUAAUUCCCCGAAGAAGCAUUUCAGCUGAAAAGUUUGUCUUUUUCACAUUUUGACAUAUGAUGUUUUAAAAUUUAAAUAUAAUUUCAUGCCACAUUGAAUUAUUUCAACUUGUUACGUUACAUGAGAUUAUUUAUCUCAUCUCAUUUCUAUUUCUUUGCCCAAUGACUGUUAUAAAUAACGUGUUAUACCAUGUUUCAGGUUUGAUGUACUUGAAAAGAAGUACCAGAAAGAACUAGAACACAAGGAACGUGUUGAGAGAGAUUUUAGGGUAAGAGAAGCAUUAUAAUUUUUGGACUUACGUAAAAGAAGUUAUUUGAGGAUGAUUUAACAUUUUCAGGUAAUAAUAAAAAGUUAGGCUUGCUUGAAAUAAUAAUUUUUAAAAAACAACUACUAGCAAGUGCAUUUCCAAUGCCAGUUGGUACAUGAGCUAUUUAGCUGUUUAGAUUUGGCCAGUGUGAUAGGUUUUUUUUUUGUUACUGAAAAAUGAAGUACAACUGAAAGACGAUUUUUGAAAGGAUGCAAUUUAAUAUUGUGACAAACCCCCUUAAAACUUUUCAAUAUAUUCACUGGCCUAGGAAGGGUGGGGGCGAGCGGGAAGUCUGCCCCAGGAGGCACUUUUGUCCCUUAUAAUUUGAGGGCAAACUCCAGUUUUUUUGGGGGUGAGGAACUGGCAAAAUCUUGAUCCUCCCCUGGCGGCACUAACACUCACUACACCGCUGACUAUAUUUUAUUCAAAUUAUUUCCAGUAUUGAAAUCAGAGUCUUUAAAUAUAUAUUAGUAUGGUCCCUGUGACAUUAGGAAUAUAUCAUCUUGAAGACUUACAUUCACACAGCUAUAGUUAUUCUAAUGUGAUGUGUUAUAGUUACAUUAGUUGCAUGAAAAAAAAUCUCAUUUCUAAGCACAUUUAGUUUUUAAUAGUCUUCUGGGUUUGUGGAAAACUAUGUUUUGUAAUUCUGGCAAAAAUAGCCAGAUCUGACCUCACAUUUCUUUUUAUAAAAUAUUAAGCAAGACCAACAGUAUAGUUAAUAGUAAUAUAUUACUGAGAUUCUCAUAGACUAAGUUCACCAGUCUUAUGUUCUGUAUCAAUAUUAUAUAAACCAAAUGAGCUUUACGUCAUGACUUGUGAAAUUAAUCCAGGCACUUCAAGAAGACUACAGAAGAUUUAUGGACUACACAGAUGGGAAAUUCCACUCAGACUACCUGAUGAGACUAAGAUAUCUUGGCUUGCGACUUGCAGAGAAACAAAUCUCAACGGUGACCUAUGAGGAUAUUCUGCCCUUAUCUAACACUGCUUCAUGAAUGAGUUGAAAGGAGAAAUGACCGCCCUGAGUAAAGAAAUACCAAAACAUUCUCUACAUUUUACUAUGGACUAAAAAAAUUUUUAAAAGUUAAGUCUCUCCAAAAAUAAAGUGUUCUAUUUUUGUACAGCUAUAUGAUAAAAAUGAUGUGGUAAGCAAAUGCUUUGAGAAUCUCUCCCAUAUAAGGUAUAUGGGUGCUGAAUGGAGUGAUUCCUGUUAGCAAUACAAUAUUUGCAUUAAUGAAAUUUUUAAACUAAAAAUAGUUCUGUAAAACUAUUUACCAUUAAAUAUUAAGGUCUUUAAAGUGGGUAACUGUCAUUAUGUAAAAGAAUCUCAGUUUUAUAUCUUGAACCGAAAACAUAAAUGAUCCUGCUGUCUCUGUCAUACAUAUAUAUAUUUAUAAUAUUAUAUACACAUUGGAUUUCAAUGUGUUUUGUGUAACUUAAAUAAGGUCAGCAAGGUAAAUAAUUCACCUUGAAUUACUUUGUAAAACGAAUUUUGAAUUCUUUUUCAUUAAAUUAUAACCUAUUUGAAAUAUGUAUUUUCAUUACAUUAUCUAUCAUUUUCACUGAUUGCUGC